CUUCCUUAUUAUUGUGACGCCGAAAACGGAGAAACCCCGAGCCGGGCCAGAGGGGCUGUGACAGUCGGAAUCCCGGGCUGCGGUUCAGCUGCUGCGGAGAUCUACACGGUGAGGUGGAACAGGCCUGGCUUCUGGUUCGAAUACCAAGUGUGUGAUCUGUGGCUACAUGAUUCUCUGAAGGAUAAGAAUAAUGUUAUGCUGGGGAUAUUGGUCUCUGGGCCAGCCAGGUAUCAGCAGCAACCUGCAAGGAAUUGUGGCCGAGCCACAGGUGUGUGGCUUCAUAGCGGACAGAAGCGUCAAGGAAGUGGCCUGUGGAGGAAACCACUCCGUGUUCCUGCUGGAGGAUGGGGAAGUUUACACGUGCGGCCUGAACACCAAGGGGCAGCUGGGCCAUGAGAGGGAAGGCAACAAGCCAGAACAAAUUGGAGCUUUAGCAGAUCAGCACAUUGUGCACGUGGCAUGUGGCGAGUCCCACAGCCUGGCCCUCAGCGACCGCGGCCAGCUGUUUUCUUGGGGUGCAGGGAGUGAUGGUCAGCUAGGGCUCAUGACAACUGAGGACUCCGUGGCAGUGCCCAGGUUGAUACAAAAGCUGAACCAACAGACCAUAUUACAAGUUUCCUGUGGCAACUGGCAUUGCUUGGCUCUUGCAGCUGAUGGCCAGUUCUUCACGUGGGGAAAGAACAGCCAUGGGCAGCUGGGCUUAGGAAAGGAGUUCCCCUCACAGACCAGCCCACAGAGGGUGAGGUCGCUGGAAGGGAUCCCGCUGGCUCAGGUGGCUGCUGGAGGGGCUCACAGCUUUGCCCUAUCUCUCUCAGGAGCCGUCUUUGGCUGGGGCAUGAAUAACGCAGGGCAGCUAGGGCUCAGUGAUGAAAAAGAUCGAGAGUCUCCAUGCCACGUGAAACUCUUACGAACGCAAAAAGUGGUCUAUAUUAGUUGUGGAGAAGAGCACACAGCAGUCCUCACGAAGAGCGGAGGUGUGUUUACCUUUGGCGCUGGUUCCUGUGGGCAACUUGGACAUGACUCCAUGAAUGACGAGGUUAAUCCGAGACGAGUUCUAGAGCUGAUGGGCAGUGAAGUAACUCAGAUUGCUUGUGGCAGGCAGCACACCCUAGCCUUUGUGCCUUCUUCUGGACUCAUCUAUGCAUUUGGUUGUGGAGCUAGAGGCCAACUGGGAACUGGACACACUUGCAACGUUAAAUGCCCAUCUCCUGUGAAGGGUUACUGGGCUGCCCACAGUGGCCAGCUUUCAGCCCGAGCUGAUCGCUGUAAAUAUCAUAUUGUUAAGCAGAUCUUCUCUGGAGGAGACCAGACUUUUGUGCUUUGCUCCAAAUACGAGAAUUCUUCUCCUGCUGUUGACUUCAGGACUGUGAACCAAGCACAUUAUACCAGUUUAAUAAAUGAUGAAACCUUAGCAGUGUGGAGACAAAAACUGUCAGAACACAACAACGCGAAUACAAUCAAUGGUGUUGUUCAGAUAUUGUCUUCUGCAGCCUGUUGGAAUGGAAGUUUUCUGGAAAAAAAAAUUGAUGAACAUUUCAAAACGAGCCCCAAAGUCCCUGGAAUUGACCUGAACUCAACUAGGGUGUUGUUUGAGAAGUUAAUGAACUCUCAGCACUCCAUGAUUCUGGAGCAGAUCUUAAAUAGCUUUGAAAGUUGCCUGAUUCCUCAGUUGUCAAGUUCACCACCGGACGUUGAAGCAAUGAGAAUCUAUUUAAUACUGCCCGAGUUUCCUCUGCUCCAGGACUCUAAGUAUUACAUAUCGUUGACUAUCCCCUUGGCUAUGGCUAUUCUGCGGCUGGACACAAACCCCAGCAAAGUAUUAGAUAACUGGUGGUCUCAGGUGUGCCCAAAGUACUUCACGAAGCUGGUUAAUCUCUAUAAAGGUGCAGUCCUUUAUCUACUGAGGGGAAGAAAGACAUUUUUAAUUCCAGUACUGUUUAACAAUUAUAUUACAGCAGCUCUCAAGCUCCUGGAGAAAUUAUAUAAGGUGAACCUUAAAGUGAAACACGUGGAAUAUGAUACCUUUUACAUUCCUGAGAUUUCCAGUCUGGUGGACAUUCAGGAAGACUACCUCAUGUGGUUCUUGCAUCAAGCAGGGAUGAAGGCCAGACCAUCUAUAAUCCAGGACACCGUAACACUUUGUUCCUACCCUUUCAUCUUUGAUGCCCAAGCUAAGACUAAAAUGUUGCAGACAGAUGCUGAACUACAGAUGCAGGUGGCGGUCAAUGGGGCCAACCUGCAGAACGUCUUCAUGCUGCUCACCCUGGAGCCUCUGCUGGCCAGAAGCCCCUUCUUGGUCCUUCACGUUCGCAGGAACAACCUCGUUGGAGACGCCCUCCGAGAGCUGAGCAUUCAUUCUGACAUCGAUUUGAAAAAACCUCUCAAAGUGAUCUUUGAUGGUGAGGAGGCAGUGGAUGCUGGUGGUGUCACAAAAGAGUUCUUUCUUUUGCUAUUGAAAGAACUUUUGAAUCCCAUCUACGGAAUGUUUACGUACUAUCAGGAUUCAAAUCUCUUGUGGUUUUCCGACACGUGUUUUGUAGAGCACAACUGGUUUCACUUGAUCGGCAUAACCUGUGGCCUCGCUAUCUACAACUCCACCGUGGUUGACCUCCACUUCCCGCUGGCCCUCUACAAGAAGUUACUGAAUGUACAGCCUGGCUUGGAAGACCUGAAGGAGCUGUCGCCCACUGAAGGAAGGAGUCUUCAAGAGCUUUUAGAUUACCCUGGGGAAGAUGUCGAGGAAACUUUCUGCCUCAACUUCACGAUCUGCCGAGAAAGCUACGGAGUGACUGAACAAAAGAAGUUGAUACCUGGGGGAGACAAGGUGACUGUGUGCAAGGAGAACAGGCAGGAAUUUGUGGAUGCCUAUGUGAAUUAUAUCUUCCAAGUCUCAAUUCACGAGUGGUACACGGCCUUCUCCAGCGGCUUCCUGAAGGUGUGUGGUGGCAAAGUCCUUGAGCUCUUCCAGCCUUCCGAACUGAGGGCCAUGAUGGUGGGGAACAGCAACUACAACUGGGAAGAACUGGAAGAGACUGCCAUCUACAAGGGUGAUUACUCAGCCACACAUCCCACUGUGAAACUAUUUUGGGAAACAUUUCAUGAGUUUCCAUUGGAAAAGAAGAAGAAGUUCCUCUUGUUCCUGACUGGCAGCGACCGGAUUCCCAUCUACGGCAUGGGCAGCCUGCAGAUCAUCAUCCAGUCCACCGCCAGCGGGGAAGACUACUUGCCUGUGGCCCACACUUGCUACAACCUUCUCGACCUCCCCAAGUACAGCAGCAAAGAGAUUCUGAGUGCGCGGCUGACACAGGCGCUAGACAACUACGAGGGGUUUAGUUUGGCCUGAGGCUCCCCGGCUUGUCCUAGAUUUCCCUUCCUUCCUCGGUGUCUUCAUUGAGGCCUAUACAGAAAAUCAUGGGGAGUGAUUUCUAUUUUUUUAUUGUCUAAGUGGGUUGGGACUUUUGACUUCUGAACCUGGUUGGUGUGUUUCUGGGGUUGUGGGUAGCAAAUAACCUUCUUGAGAAAUCAAGGGUUGGGGAUAGGGUGAAAGAUUUGGAUCUUGUAUGGGAAGUGUUUCUGUUUUUGUUUUUGUUUUAAAUCAAAUUACCCAGUGUCUCUUGCACUUGCGAAUAUGUUGCUCUCUCCUAGAUAAAAUGGCUGUGGAUUUUUAACUUUUCAUUUCCCAAAUGUGUCUCUCAGCCCUGACCUUUCUGUGCCAGGCUUCCUGGUCCUCUUCCCAUUGCUCUGUAAGAAUGACCUUGACUGAUCUGUGUUGCCCAGUGCAUGCAGGACAGCUCCUUUCUCUGCAGCCUUCAGAAUGCCCCGGCUUGUUGCCACCUGGCUCUAUCCCAAAGAAGGAAAGGACCACUUCAGAAACGCCACCUUUCAGACAGCUGGGUCUGCAUCCCUGGCUUUGGUGGAGCCCAAGAAUCCGUGGGGGCUUUUAUGAACCCAUCAUCUAGAAUGAUCAGGAGGGAGCCGCAGCCUUCCCAAGGCUGUGCCCAUCGCCAAGGCCUCCCACAAGAUGUGCAGGGUCUCCUAGACCUGCAGCCGAGCCCAGGGGUGUGUGCUGCUCAGCCACGUCCAUCUGACUAACAGUGAAGUGAUAGGUCCCCCACUCUUCCGUUAUCUCGCUUUGGGUGCGAGUUCCAUUAGUUUUUAAGUCUCUGUAUUGUGCAAGAAAAGGAGAAAUAAUAAAUUUCUUGUCCCUUUUGUCACUUUAUGACCUCUUCCACGUUCCUUUUCCUCUCUCCUCCUCUCUGCACCUUCCCUCCUCUCUCACCAGACUUUCCUCUUUCCUUCACGUCAUCCCAUUCGUUGUCACUUGACUUAAUGUUCCAUUCUUCCCCUUUCUUUCCGGUAGAUGCAUGCAGUCCAUUUUUUAAAAAUUUUUAUUAAAAUUGCAAAAUUUCUA